UUUUAUCUGUUGUCCUCAGCCCACUCACCACCCAUUACGGUGAGCGACAAGCAGAUGUCGUGCGCAGUUUGCUUCUUAUAUAAGAUGACGUCACACGCAGUCUGCCUAGUAUUGCAAAGGCCUUGAAACGGAGGCACCACACGGAACGUUGCAGCCUGUGGCAGCGAUCAUCCCUUCAAGCCGACAAUCGCUUCGGGCGCUUUUCAGAAAAACCAUGGACUCCGGUGGCAGCUCCUGCAAGUGCCAAGUCUGCGAUGACUGCCUGAAAAGACGUCGUGAUAGUUUGUCUUCGCAGGAGGCAAGCACGAAACGACAUAAGGCGGAACAGUCGACGCCCAAGGAAGAAAUGGUCACUGCCUCCGAUGUCCGUUAUGGCGAGGAAGCGCUACGCCAUCCCAGCGUCACAAGUACGUCCACCGGUAGCGGUGGAUCUUCCUGCAGUAGCCCCUCGACGGAGACAACGGCGUUGACGCUGUCUACCGAAAGUCCCCAGCUGACUUCUUCCUCGGACAAGGCGGCGACCAAAAGCGCAACUGCGGGACAGGCCGGCACGCAUCCGCGUCUAUCCACGGCGACGCUGUCUUCAGGAAGCAUGGCAGAUUAUUCAGCCGACGACGAAAUGAGCAUCAGCGCUAGGACCGCUGCACUAGCUGAGUCAUUGUCACGCGGGCCAGAUUCUCAAGCCGCUGGUAGUCCCGAGACGUCUUCGUCAGGAACGGGUGCCGCUGCUAUGGAGACUGCAGCGGGAGGAGCGGAAGCACAGCGAACUCUUUCCGAGGUGACGUUUCCGCCGGGAAGUCCGGACGACGACUGUUUCCUGCCACCGGGACCUACGACCCUGAGCAAGACUGCGCUUGCCCAAUCGGAGACCAACCCCGACCAAUCGGAGGCGACGCAACCGCCUACGAGCCAGGAACCACAAUCCCCGAUGGACGUCAGUGGAAGUGAAGGGACGUCCUCCGCUGAGUUCAGCUUCGACCUCAGCGCUUCUUCGGGGCUGCCCUCCACUGGAGCUUCGGCGGAGUCGUACCCACAGAGCACAGCCAGCGCGCCCAGAAAGUCCCCUGAAUCUGCCGACACUCUCGGAGACGUGUCCGACGUGAACGCUUCCUCGGACCCGUUCGACGACCCUUCUGCGUCGGACGAGGACACGAGCGUUGGACGUGAUCCAGCGAAGCCGGCGCCAGUAAAACGGCGCCGCCCACACCACCGCCGUCAUGUCGAUUUUCCAGACAGGGACCGGUCAACGGCCCUGUAGGACAGACUUUCCACGGCACUUCGGAGACAUGCCCAUCCCGUGUGUGGCUAUGAUGUGGACAUCGUUGCUAUCUUCGGCGGCAACUUUCAAGCUUUUUAAGAUUUUAGAUCAAUAAACACCUGAAUCCCUUGUCACA